AUGUCUGCUCAACUCCAACACAAUGCAGCCUGGGAGGCUAGUUUCCUUGCAUUCCUCUCUCGCCAAUUCGUCGAAGGUGUUCCCAAAACACCCAAAAGCGCAAGUCUAGCUGGCCAAACUGCUCUCGUCACUGGUUCGAACGUUGGGUUGGGCUUUGAAUGCGCUCGCCAGCUUCUUGCUCUCAACCUUUCACAUUUGAUCAUCGCUGUGCGGAAUCAGGCUAGGGGUGACGCAGCUGCGAAGAAACUCCAGAAUGAGUUCCCUCACGCCAAGAUUGAGGUCUCCAUCGUUGAUAUGGCUUCGUACAAGUCUAUUCAGAGCUUCACCAAAUGGUGUGAGACGUUACCUCAACUCGAUAUUGCCAUUUUAAACGCUGGCUUGAGUAAACCCCAGUUUGAGCGAUCAGACGAGUCCAAGCAUGAAAUGACCACCCACAUCAACUACCUCUCUACUGCUCUUUUAGCAAUUCUCCUAUUGCCAGUCCUCAAGACCAAACGCGGAACUUCUACACCCGCACAUCUCGCCAUCGUCGGCUCAGACACAUCAUACUGGGCUGGAUGGAACGGCACCAAUGAUUCCGUCUGGGACGCCAUCGACAACCCCUCCAACUUCAACAGCAACGGCGCUUACUCUCUCUCUAAACUCCUCCUACUUAUGUUCGUCGACAAGCUCUCCCAGCAUGUCUCGCCCGAAGAAGUCAUCGUCAACUACCCCAACCCCGGCGCUUGCAGAGGUACAGAAUUCGGAUCCGAAGGGCACAGCAGUAUAAUCGAGAAGCUGUUUAUGUCAGUUGCGAAGCCUCUUAUUGGAAGAGCGGUAUCGACGGGUGCGCGUUCGUAUGUUGAUGCUGUCGCUGUCAAGGGCAAGGAGAGCCAUGGUAGUUUUGUUGGAGAGGGCAAGCUUAAACCAUUCCCUAGAAUGAUGUACGAGCCAGCAGGAAAGGCACUGCAAGAAACUGCAUGGAAGGACUUGAUGGAUGAGUUGAGCUUUGCGAAGCCAUUGGAGAUUCUCAAGGGCUCCAGUUGA